AUGAAGACUAAAGGUUAUGAUCGCGCUAUCGUCGCUACUUCAAUAUUAGGAAUAUUGGUUUCCACGUAUGCUUUAUACGUUGAGAUGGCAGCCGAAGCGCGGCCCGACUAUAAAGCGUUGUGUGACCUUUCGGAGCAUGCAAGCUGUACGCGAGUACUUACAUCAGAGUUUUCUAAGGGUUUUGGAUUUGCUUGGGAAGAUUCAUCGCUAGAAAUUCCUAACUGCGUAUAUGGAACCUUGUUUUACUGCAUUAUGAUAUUUCUAUCUACAUUUGAACAUCCAGUGAUUGUUCGGAUACAGUUCCUUCUGUCUUUAGCGGCAAUAGCGUCGAGUGUGUACUUGGCUUAUCUUUUACUUUUUGUAUUAUUUGAUUUUUGUAUCGUAUGUGUUUCAACAUAUUUAAUUAAUGGUAUGCUUGUUGUAUUUGUUAAUAAGAAAAAGCUAUUAAUUUCUGCUAAAAUAAAAUAA